AUGCCCAGCACAAUUGAGGCAGAAAAGGUGUUGAUGUGUAGGACUCAAGGAGGGUGGGUUAAAGGGUCAACAAGUUGUCUAUUCCCCAACUGGAAGGCCUACAACCAUCACAUCUCCCUUCCAAAAAUCAUUUGUGCCCUCAUGAAACAGCCAAACCACAGCAGCAAACCAUUUGUCAAAGAAGUUGGGACACCAGUACUCAAUGCACCUGCAGACCUCAACGGUAUUCAUUUCGAGGAGCCAUGCCAGUGGCUGACCCCACUCUCCCAUGAAGCACAGAUUUGCACAGCUGACCAUAUUCCAUUCGAUUUACCUUCAGGCCUUGAAGAUGAAAAUGCUCCUAGUGGGGAUCCUACGGACCUCACCAUGGCAUUUCAACCGCAUAUGUCAUUGAAUCUCCAAUUCAACCUGCCUCCUGACCCACAAUCCCCACCUCCACCUCUUGAUACCUCAGCAACAUCUGCAGCCCUGCAUUUGAUGCUCAAUAGUCUACUGGAAGGCAAUCUUGGCAUGUCUUCCCAGGACAAUAUGGGAGUGGUUGCAGACAUGGCCCAGGGAGAGCAGGGGGACAUAUAUGCCCAAGAUCAUUUAGGAGAGCUGGAUGAUACAGCCCAGGGCAAGCAGGUGGACAUGGAGGGCCCCAACUGUGCUGAGUGGGAUGACUGGAUCCAAGCACACAAGCCUCAAGAGCUCCUACAUGAUGAUGGGGAAUCAGAUCCAGGUGUAGACAUCGGCCUGCUGGAUCUUCAAGUCCCCCUUAGGGAGGUCAAUGCAGCCCAAUACACACAAAUCAAACACCCAGCCAGUCACUACAGUGAGAUCCAUGAGAAUGCAGCUGUGCGAGUGAUCUCCCUGCUCCUCACCUACCUCCAUACUGUCUUCCAUCUCCCCCAUGCUGCCUGCACUAUUGCCCUCAGCGUCAUCCUCUUCCUACUCAAGCACUAUGAGAUUUUAGAUCCCAAACUAGGCAAGAGGCCAGGAGACAAGGCACCUCGCAGCCUUCACACAAUCUAUCAAUGCACUGGAUUUGAUGACAACUUUGACAAAUGCACCAUUUGUCUGUGUUGUGAUAUGGUUGUGCCUCUUGGAUCUGACCCCAACCUCAAGACCCAGUGCCCUCACUGUGGCAAAGACCUGUACCACCAACCAGUGUCUCAGUCACCAAUGUCCAAACCGAAACCUUGUCAACAGAUGCCAUAUGACCUUCUUUCUGAGCAGCUUGGUCAAUUCCUUGGGCAGCCUGGCAUGGAGGAUGCUUGUACUUGCUAUCUGGAGUGA